AUGGCGGCCCUCGGUCCAGCUCUCCCACCCCUUCCCGUCGAUAUUUUGCGCAAUGUUCUCAGUUAUCUGGACAAACGAAAAUAUAUCAACGCCGCAAUGCUCGUACACCCCACAUGGUACUCCCUCGCAGAGGCGAUGCAAUAUCAUGAUCUUGUCCUUUCCGCCAGGGCGCUGAGUGGAGAGUUCAGCCCACCGUCUCUCCGGUGCUUACAGACAAUACAAAGCUGCAAUCCGGCCGCGAGAGCCGUACACCAUCUCACAGUUGCCGGAGUUACCAGCGGUUCCGACCGCGUGACACUCCUUGAGGCAUUGGCCGGCACCACCGAUCUACUGUCCCUCGAUCUGCGGGAAAGUGCUCUCCAGGAUGACCCGCUCCUACCAGGAGAUCCUGUGUUUUCCCCAUCGGGUGGAUUCCUUCCGAAUUUGACCGCCCUAUGCACGAACGACGCCAGGCUUGUCAGCAGCCUAGCAGCAGGGCGGCCCUUGUUCUCGGUCGCCAUUCUGCGGCGUCUAGAUAUGCAGAAUUACACAUCGAUUGUAAACUCGCUGCAACACUCUACCUCGAGAAUAUCGCAGCUGAGACUUCACCUCAACGUAGACAGCAUGGUGUCUUCUAUUGGCAUCAUCAAGUCGCUAGCUGAGAUGUUCCCAGCCCUAGCAGUUCUUGCCCUUCAAUUCGAGCUGCCCACUAACAUCCCCCGCCCAUCUUAUUCGCUGGCAUGGCUGGACGAAGACGAGAGGGGCUUGGUCGCCCGUGGAGCGGCACGAUCUGCUUCGGAACCCCGCGGUCUGGUACUACACAAGAACACGCCGCAAGUGCGAAUUCUCGCGUGUCAUUGGCUGCUGAACGCGAAAGCAGGAAUGCUAUCAGCUGAAGAACUAGACGAGCUAGACGAUAGCAAAAUACAAGCUACCCUUAUAUACCUGCUAAAAUGCACAGCCGCUUUGACCAAAGGCUUGAGUCCUGGGAUCAUCACACCGGCAGUCUGUGAUUGGACGUUGAUCCCGCCCCUCGAGACCCAGCUUCAUUUCGGACCGUAUACACAAUUCCCCAGACGAAGCGCAGCUCGAUCUGCGCCAUUCACCACGAUGCUACUGAACGCUCAGAAGCAGCCUGGGACACCUUUGCACGUCCAGCCAGCGGCGGCUUCGCCGUCGCCAACAAGCCCCUUGUCUAAUUUUAUGUUCAACACUAUAGGUCAAGAACCCGCUCUGCUCAAACGUAUGAGCUCUGUGGAGGAGAGCUUACAGUAUCCUCCGUCACCGUCAUCCACGACUUCCGAUCAUCCCAUACCAGAUGCGGCAUCCCUAUCUAGACCGACACUGUACGAGCUUCUUGUGGGGAAGAAUGCAGGAGGAUCACUUCCCGUUGCAGCUGAAGCGACCACCGAUUCCUCAUCUAACUUUUUACCAACCGCUACCGAGACCAUCACGCGGGUUAAUCCUCUCGAUGAGUCAGGAUUCGUUUCCAAUUUUGCGGCGAAGAAUGGCCUUGGUGCUGGACCAUCCGCUUCUUCGAGUAAUCCUUCCGGCAGAUCUAUAUACCCCUCAAGCUCCUCCAUCGCUGGCGGCAAUGCACCUGCGCCUUAUGCGGCGUCGUCAUCUCGGCAUUCAUCAAUAGGGGCGUCUGUGACUCGCGCCGAUUCCGUUCUUUCCUACAUCGAGUCCCCCGUUUCACUUGAUACCUCACACGCCGCAGUGUCUGCUCGCCCCGAGUCCAACGGAGACCGCCCCCGCGUUCCUUCGCAGCCCCACUCCAGCGCCACCCCAUCUGCGUCUCCUUCAGAUCUGGUCUUGAUCAUAUCGCAAGUCGCCAUCGAGCGCGCUGAUUGGAAUGAACUCAAAGCGAUGACAGAACGCUUCCAGGAAGAACACGCUGAGUAUAUGCGCCGCAACGAGGAAGCUGUGCUUGCGCUUCAGCGCGAGAAGGAGCAGCUGACGAAGGUUCUUGCCACCGUUACGAGCGCCUUCGCGAAGCUGGACCCCCUGCGCGUCAAGCAGGAGAAGCGAUUUGACGCAGAGCAGCAGAAGGCCGAACGCGCGUUCGCUCAUCGCUUGAGCGAGGAGAAGAGGCGCGAGGAAGCUGCCGAGCUAGAUCGUAGGGAAGUGGAGGCUGCAGAGUCUCGCAAACUCGCUGCUGAGAGGGCUCGCCAGCUUGAGCUGGAAGAAGCCGCGCGUCUCGCUCGUGAAGAGGAGGAUAAACGUCGGGCCGCCGACGUAGAGAACAGGCGCAAGGCUGCUGAAGAGGCAAAUCGCAAAGCUGAUGCCGAAGAGGAGAGGCUUCAAGCUGCUGCUGCAGCCGCCGCCAAACGCGCGGAAGAUGAUCGCAGAUCAGCUCAAGAAGCCGCAAAACGCGCUCAAGUCGAAGAGGCAGAGAGACGUCAACUUCUUGACGAGCAGCGCAAAACCGACAAACUCAAGCAGGAGCUUGCCAUUGCCAAGGCCAAAGAGGAGUCACUAGCCGCUAGCGAGAAGGCUGCUAAAGAUGCAGCUGACGCACGCCGUCUGGCUGAGUAUGAAGCGCAGAAAGCUGCUGUGCAAGAGAUGAAGCGCAAGGCCACCGAAGCCAACGCGUUCGCGGCACAAGAAGAGAAGAAGGCACGGCUGGCGAAGGAGGAGCUUCAAGCGAGACUAGAGAAGGAGCGGAAGGAGGCGCAGUCUCGCACCUUGGACGUGCCUGCUCCUAAUGCGUUGAACGAAAGUCCUGCCGCCCAACCGACGACGCGUGGAUCUACCUCGACCGUUCCGGCGAUUCAUCAGCCGUUCUCUAGUGGUGUUCGAGUACCUAGUGGUCUGCCGUCCAUUCCCACUCCGCCGCCAUCAAUAUCUCCUGAGACUCCUGAGAAUGCGCGAGAGAACGCGCCUUUGAUUUUCCAACCCAUGCCCCCUCAGAAACCGACAGGUUCCUCUGGAUCGAUCCAGGCAGUCCCAGGAGUCGACAAGGCUAAAGCACAGCGGUCCAAAUCCCAAGCCCAGAAGAAUCGUAGUGCGCACGCCUCGGAUAUUCAGAAGGCGCCGAUUCAAGCCGCGCUGAGUCAGAUCAAGCCUGAGCCGCAGACUCCCAGAUGUGUUUCUGACAUCUCCGUGAAGCCCGAGAGUUUCACGCCGAUUCUUCCUAAGACCCUGAAGAUGGCAGAUAAGCUAGGGUGGUCUAAUGGACAGACUGAUGACGCCGAGCCACUCAUGAUCAAACGGGAGGAAUCUGUUGAACUCCCGAUGUCUCAGAGUAGCGCAUUUCCUGUGCCUUCGCAACGGAGCACAAUCGGCGGCGAUGACGCCCGUGUGCCUGCACAGGGCCAGUCAGUACCCCCACCCCCUGCCACAAGGAAGGGGAGGAAGCAAGCGGCGCUCCAGUCCGCAGUCGUACCUCGGCCUGGCUCCAAUAUCGCUUUAGCUGCAAGCCCGUCUUAUGAGCAGGCAGACGCUUCGCGCAUCGGCCCUUCCGACGGUCCUCAACUACUUCAGCGUGUGCCUAGGGAUCAAGCUGAGAGUCACACAACCCAUAUUGAUCCAAUGACAAAUGUGGGUCCUUGGACAAGUGCCCCGAGGACGUCAGAGGAGGAUGAGCUGCGGGACUAUGCACGAACUCCUCCUAUCGAUGAUCUUCCGGGGCGGCCUGCUUACGAUCAUUAUUCUCCUACUCCGCCUCCAUAUGCAGCGCCGGCGAGGCGGGAGUAUGAUUAUUAUUCGCCCACCCCUAACAGGCCAAUGCGCAGUCGGGAGAAAUCCCCGGCGCCUGGUCGCAAGCGGGUGCGAGACUACGAUUCGGCCUUAGGAUCAAACGAGGAGCCCUUGGUGCGUCGAGCUAGAUUUUCACCACCGCGCGACUACCCGGAGUACGGUGGGACAACCCCACCGCGUGGGCGCUCGCCCAUACCUCCGUACCAGCGGACAUACAACGUCAGGACGCCAUCGCCUGAUGUGGACCAGUAUCGAAACGACCCGUACCGCCGUGGGUCCAUUCCCAUUAUCAAGACCGACGCACCGCUCAUGCCUAUCCAAAUGCUUACGACCGACACCAGGAGUCUUUUCCUCCAGUAG